AUGCCGAGCGCGGUGCAGGCGGGCUCUGGAGCCUGCCCCGGGGAGGCCGAUUCAGCAUUUGGACAGCGGCUCGGGGGCGGUCUGCGGCCCAAAGAGUUUGCAGGUGCACCGCCCCCGGGUGAGCGUGAUCCAGGCUGGAACACAACCCAGACUGACAACGAAACAGGUUCCUGCGAGCUAAAGGGUCCCUUCGGAGCCCGCAUUGGGACCCCCAAACCGGCCAAUCGCUCGUGGGUUUCCUCAGCCAACACUUGUGUGUGUGAAAAGAUCAACCGCGCCCCACCCCCUUGCACCCAGAGCGCAGACGUCCCUCAAGCCCUAGGCUCUCCAUUCUUCCCCGAGCAUCCUGAAUCCCCGGGCUUGGAGCUGCCUGUGAGGCUUCCAGCCCUCUGCUUGUCACCACUUCCCAGGUGGUUGGUGGCUCUGGGUGAGCCCAAUGGUGCGGGCCGUUUGCGGGGAGGGUUGUUCGGACGCAGGCUGGGCGCGGGCAGGCAGAGCCAGGUCGCAGGGCAGGGCGCCCCUUGCCUCCUGCCUCCUCCUCUCGGUUCCGCACUGGUCCGAGUGAAGCCAGGGGGGGCGGGGGGAGCCGCGCUGACGUCACUGCGGGCCGUGCCCGCCCGAGAAGGCGGCGCUGAGCGGCUCAGAGUCUGGAGAAGCCGCGCGCCGCCAGGAACCCCCGCGCCACCGCCGCCGCGCUUGCCUCCAGCAGCUCUCGGCCACGAGACCGUGCGGACAACGGCGCUUGGAGGGCGGCCGGAGCUGGGCCUGAGCCUGGGGACUCGACUGAUCCCCGGUGGCCGAACCACCAUCACCACAACGACCCCACCCCCGCCGUCGCCUCGUGGGGCUCAGGCCCCCUCCCGGGUCCGACACGCUCCAGGGUGGGUCAGAAGAAGAGAAAGGAGAAAAGAGAGCUUGAUGAUGACUAAAAAGCCUUCUCUCCUCAGACGUGGUGGGAUGUACUCUGAUCUAGAGCAGGCAGCUGGCCAGAGACCCACAGGGAGCUCUGUGAUUGGCCUCAGAUGACCUUGAGGACAAAGAUUGUCCUGUGAAGGGAAGUGAUGGGCCAGGCUCUGAUCAGCUUUUCUGGGAAUAGACAGAGAAGUGGUAACUCCUGCCAAAGUCACAGGAUGAAUACAGAGCCAAGAACCUGAACCAGAAAAAUUCAGCAGGAAAGAAAAAUGCAAUACCCACCAUCCUGAGGCUGCUGUACAAGGAGCAAUCCUGCCACCAGGGACUUGGCAAGAGACCAAGGGAAGUGCUCCAUAACCCUCCUAAGAGGGCCUUCAUCACUGACCUGCUUGCCUAGGAUCUCCUUCACUUCUGCCCAUGCCACACCUUUCAGACCUGUUCUGGGUCUGACGUGCUGUAGAACACUCUGUUCAGGCACUUGGGAAAUAGAGACCUCAUCACCAGCAUUUCCACCCCAAAGAACUAGGCAGCACAUGGAGAAGUUGCCAAAGGACUUCAGCCUCCCAGGAGUUAACAACAUUUCUCUCCAGCUGUCCUCCCCUUGGUGCUCCUUCUCCUCCCUCCUCCGGGCUCACAGCAGGCAGGGCCUGGAACCAGGAGCCAUGCUGCUGUGCUGUUGCCAGGGGAGCUGGGAGGCAGAUCGGAGCUAUGCAGGGAAAAGGCUCGGCCUGUCAAAGUGUCUGAGAUGAACCACCGCCAUCCCUGUGCAGCUGGGCUCGAUGUGUCUCAAGGCUCUUGUUCUGUGCCUGAGAACAGUGAAACCCAGUGAGGUUCAAGGGCACACUCACUAUUCAUCAGUCAGGGGUUCUUGACGGUCCUGCCUCUCCCAAGGAUGGGUUCCCCCCUUCCUCUUUCUCUCCCUCCUAUGACACAUUCUUGGGUGCCCGUGGUGAGGACUGCACACCCUCUCCUCCAUAGCCCCCCCCCAAACCCUGAAUCAACUCCUAUUAAAGAGGCCAGGCAGAGACAAUGGCUUCAAGAAAUCAUUCAGGCGGGACCCCAGCCACAUUCGCAUGCCCUUCACUCCCAGAGCCCCUGUAGACUUCACUCUGCUGGGAUUCAGGGCACCCUUGGGCCCCCAGCUUGCGCAUGCCUAGACAGGAGCAAGCCACUAGGUACUGCCCUACACAACUGGCCAGUGCAGUGCUAUUUUCAGUGGUCCCAGCGCCUCCAUCCCACUGGCUGGAUACUUUGUGCAGUUGGUUAGAAAGCAGAAAAUACAAUAUUUUCUGAAAUGUGGAAAUAUCAAAAUAUAAGAGGCACAUAUACGUGAUGACUAAUUUCACUUCAGAUAUACUGGAAAAGUUUGCUAAGAAGCAUGGACAAAGAUCUGUGGUUGAGUAAUGGGUCAUUUCAUUCUAUGGAGUACUCCACAGCUGUAAGACUGUGGUAGAUCUCUGCAUGAGAGCUGAUAGGGAAGGCUGCUCAUAUACUUAAGUGAAUAGAAUAAAGUACAAAACAGUCAAGUGUGUUCUUGUUUGUAUAUACUUAAAAGUCAGUCACAGCGACAGGGGUUUGCAAAGCUCAAUGGUAAAAUGCACACAGCUUACAAGAGGACUAGUGCCAAAUAAAACUGUGUCAGCCAUAA